AUGUUUUUAAUUAUUAUUUUGUCAUCAUUGUUACUUCGAGUACAAGGAGACUCUAGAUUGGUUGGUGGUAGCAAAGUCCCGCCUGGCAACGGCCUCUUUCAUGCUUCCUUACAAAAUGUCACUGGGCACCAUGUUUGUGGUGGUGCUAUUAUUACCCACAAACACGCAGUUACUGCAGCGCAUUGCGUUCUUGGUGCCGAUCCGAAGUACAUUAAGCUAGUUGUGGGAACAACGAAUCUAGAUGUAGGUGGCUCAGCGAAUGAAGUGAAGUCCAUUCACAUACAUCCUGACUAUAACACUACCGCAAGAAUUCACGAUAUAGCAGUUAUUGAAGUAAAACAAUUGCUUGAUUUAAAUGACGCUCACAUGAUACGUAUGGAUAAAAAACCUCUAAGAGAAGGUGAUAUUGUGGUGUUAACUGGAUUUGGAGCUAAAAAAAAAAAUGGAGACUCCAGUCGAAUAAUGAACUAUUUGGAGGCGCCAGUUUUCAAUCAAGACACUUGCAAAUACGCCAUGCGGUAUUCGAAAAGAAACGUUGUUGAUACCAUGUUUUGCACCUUUACAUCUAUCGGUGAAGGGACUUGUCAUGGUGACUCCGGUGGACCAUUAAUAAGAAAUAACAAAUUAGUGGGGCUGGUAUCUUGGGGCAUACCCUGCGCGAUAGGAUAUCCGGAUGUUCAUACCCGGAUUGAUGUUUAUAUUGAUUGGAUUAAUGAUGUUAUAGACAAAACUAUCCCAAAAUGUAUAUGUUAG